AUGAGUGACAUCCAGCAAAUCACAGAAUGGCCAGCCUACAGGGUCAACCCACAAGGCGGCGAUCCACUGACCCAAGACUUGACUUCACCCUAUGACAAGGGCGAUCUAUGCUGGCUUGCAGUAUGCACGAUCUUGUGCUGGCAGAUCACUCCAGCCAUCGGCUUUCUCUAUGCCGGUAUGCACAGACGGAAAGCAGCAUUGACAAUGGUGUUCCAAUCGCUGUUCUGUGCAUGUGCUUGCGGCAUACAAUUCUGGGUAUACGGAUACUCUCUAUACCAAUCGCGAGCCACGAAUCCAUUCUUGGGCAACAUGUCGUUAGCAGGACUUCACAACGUCCUUGCCUCUCCUUCUCUCGCGAACACCGACAUUCCAGAUUUGCUAUACGCCUGCUUCGGCUUCACAUUUGUCACAGCUACAGCAAUGAUCUUGGCAGGAGCGAUGCUCGAGCGAGGACGUCUCUGGCCCAGCAUGCUCUUCUUGUUAUGUUGGACAACUUUUGUCUACUACGUUCUUGCAUACUUCGAGUGGAAUCCAAAUGGCUGGCUGUACAAGCUUGGCGUUCUGGACUUUGCAGGCUCUGGUCCUGUACACAUCGCAAGCGGAUUCUCAGCCUUAGCUUGGAGCAUGAUGCUGGGUCCUCGAAUAAGUGAUACGACUACGACUGAUCGACGGAAGAUCAUACACCAUAAGCCACAUAACCCGUUCCUCGUUGGUCUGGGUACCAUUCUGAUCUGGUUCGGAUGGUUUGCCUUCAAUGGUGGCUCAACGGCGAAUCUCAGCUUACGAUCAAUCUAUGUUAUGAUCAACACAAACCUCGCAGCAUGCGGCGGCGGCCUCGGCUGGGUCCUCCUCGAAUACUUCCACACUCACAAAUUCUCCAUAAUCGGCUUCUGCUCCGGAAUAAUCUCCGGCCUCGUAGGAAUCACUCCCGCCGCAGGUUUCGUUCCCGUCUACGUAGCAGCACUCAUCGGACUUCUCACUUCAGUCUGCUGCUUCUACACGAACAAAUACAAAUACCUCUUCUCAAUCGACGAAGGCCUCGAUAUCUUUGCCAUUCAUGGAGUCGGAGGCUAUGUUGGCGAUAUGCUCACGGGGUUCUUCGCAGCAUCGUGGGUGCCAGCCUUGGAUGGCGUUACAGGAGCAGCGUAUGCUGGAGGAUGGUGGGAGCAGAAUUGGAUCCAGAUGGGUUAUCAGCUCGCAGCUGCAACGACAUGUGCCGCGUGGUCGUUCGUCGUGUCUUGCAUCCUACUGUUCAUCAUCAAUAAGAUCCCAGGGUGCCAUCUCCGAGAGUCAGAAGAGGAUGAGAUCCGCGGAUUGGACUACAAGUAUCUGGCAGAUGCUGACUAUCAGUGGCUCAGCGGACAGCAGACUCCACUGGAAGGAGUUCCAAUCUCGAUUGGUGUUGAGUCAAGUAGCCAGAGGAGUGGAGAGAAGCAGACAAUAACCCCGCUGAAAGCCAAAUAG